GUGUGAAAAAGAUGAUUUCAAAAAGACUCAAGAUCAAGAUGCAUACUUAAAUUGUAAAUUUCUAUAUAAAUCUAGUAAUAUCCAAAGUCCUGUUACAGCUCCAAUAGCAUUACCACAAAAUCCAGAUAUAGUUCAGAUUCUAGUACAAAUUCAUGUUCUAAUAGGUAAUUUAAUUUUAUUAGCAGAGCAAGCACCUUUGAUGCUAGACAAUACACCCUUAUCUCCUAUUUAA